CAAUGGUCUGUAGUAGGAGUGUCAGGCGCGAGUCGUUCUUGUUAAUUUAAUAACAAUAGUUAUUUUUGUUGGUUAUUUCAGUUCUAUUAAUUAAGUUUACUUAGAUAUAAUACGCCACAUUCAUGUAUGUGGUUAGGUGUUGUAGAACUUAUCGGUAGCAAUGAACGGGUUAAGUUUAAGUGAAUUAUGCUGCUUGUUUUGUUGUCCUCCGUGUCCAUCAAGAAUCGCUGCAAAAUUGGCUUUUCUUCCACCUGAUCCCACCUAUAGUUUUCAGUCAGAUGAAUCAGGAUCUAAGUUUCAAAUCAGUCUCUCGGAUAGGGCAGAAUGGCAAUAUUCCGAACGAGAAAAAGAAAACAUAGAAGGAUUCUACGCUCGUACCUCGAGAGGCAACAGGAUUGCUUGUCUUUUUGUUAGAUGCAGUGCCAAUGCUCGAUUCACAAUAUUAUUUUCUCAUGGAAAUGCCGUUGAUUUGGGACAGAUGAGUAGUUUUUACCUUGGAUUAGGAACAAGGAUCAACUGCAAUAUAUUUAGCUACGAUUAUUCUGGAUAUGGAGUUAGUACUGGCAAACCCUCUGAGAAAAACUUGUAUGCUGACAUUGAUGCUGCCUGGCAGACUCUUAGAACAAGAUAUGGCAUUAGCCCAGAAAACAUUAUUUUGUAUGGACAGAGUAUAGGGACUGUUCCUACAGUGGAUUUGGCUUCAAGAUAUGAAGUUGGUGCAGUUGUUCUUCAUUCACCCCUUAUGUCGGGCAUGAGAGUGGCCUUCCCGAACACUAAAAGAACCUGGUUCUUCGAUGCCUUUCCUAGUAUUGAUAAGGUCCCCAAGGUAACAUCCCCGGUGCUGGUAAUCCACGGAACAGAAGAUGAGGUUAUAGACUUCUCUCACGGCCUUGCCAUCUAUGAAAGGUGUCCCAGGGCCGUUGAACCACUCUGGGUAGAGGGUGCGGGUCACAACGACGUGGAGCUGUACUCUCAAUACCUGGAGCGACUGAAGCAGUUUGUGUCCGUGGAGCUCCUCAACUGACAGUUGCUAGCGGGCGAGCGCGACGACCCCCUCCCCCCCUCCACACUCAGUCUGAGCUCAGCUACCAACAGUUCGGUCACAGAGAAGCUCCUCUAGCUAGGAUAAAUCGCAUAUAUUUUUAUAGCCGAAAUUGAAUGCAAACAGACAAAUCAUGGCUGGGGUGAGUAGGGCAACUUUACAAAAUAACAUUUUUUUUACUAAAUCUGUCCGAGAUAAAGUUAGGCAUGCUGCUGUAAGGUAGAACAAAACAAUGGUUAAGGUAGAACACAAAAUACUCAAUUUCAUUAAUUUGUAAAAACGAGGUAGGCGUAGUUCUAAGUUGUUAUAAAAUGACAGUACUGUAAUAGUCCUAUGUGAAUUGGCCAACUUAAGUGAUGACUAACUGCAUAUUUGUCCAAUUACAUCACUUUGUAAGUCAGCUGAUUCUAUGGGACAAGCACAAUUGUUUGUUUUAUGACAUUUCAGAUUAAAAUGCCAUACUUUUUUCUCUUAAUAUUGAAUGAAUAAAAGUUUUUAUUUGUUUUAAAUUUCCACUGUUAAGUGAUGUACUUAAUGAGGUUUUUUUAUUAAUGGGAUUUAGUCGCAGGACCCAGCCAUUGUUUCAUUCUACCCUAACGGUCAGAUAGCUUUCCUCAACUUGACCCGAGAUAGGAUAUAGUUAUGGUGUUAUUCCUUUAGUUACUAUCAGUCCAAAAACAUUGUACUACUUCAAUACUGCCAUUUAAACUUUCUGACUGCAUUUGUCUGAUCAGGUUGCUAUGUCAAACGAUACCAUAUCUAUCAAAAUGUGAAGUUAGCCUAUUUAGUUUUACUUUUUGUGUAAAAUUAUGUCCCAGGGCUGGUAGUAGUUAAAUUGAAUGAACCUGAUGUACAUGUACUCGUAGCUUUGAAAAUAUUUGUUUUGACCAUUUGGUUUGAUUUCUUAAAGGCAAUUUUCUCGUGAUGCAACUAAGGUAGCUUGUCUCAAAUUAAGGUGAGACUAAAAAUCUUGUUCAAAAAAUUUAACACUUUUUUCAAUAACUAAAUUAUAUUUUCUCAUAGUAUGUUACAAUACAUUUUAAUUGCUGUCUCAAAGCUCACUCCAUCAAAACAAUUCUAAAGGUUGUGAAUGAUAAUUUUACUUUGCGAUUUUUAAUCUCACAAAAUCACUACUUUUUUCCCAAGUUGUCCUCAUAAAACCCUACGCCUGAUAGUUAUUGCAUUUGACAAUUUAGUUGUACAUAUAUACAAUAUCAGUAAGUAAUUUCAGAUGUGUGAAAUAGUAAGAGUGAAUUUAUAAUCCCGACAUCCCACCCAGAGUUUGUACCCUUUUAGAGCACGUUUUCACUGCGGAAUGGAAGAUUUGUUUGAAAAUAAUACUUAAGCUACCAAUAAAUGUUUAGCCUAUUCGCAGAAUACGUGCCAUUUUUAAAAAACUGGAAUUUUUAAAAUGCCUCAUAUGAAAUAGAAAAUUGAUGUUGCCUUUUAUAACAUUAAACCUUUGUUGUUGCCUGUGUUUUUGAGAAGGUGUGUUUUUGCAAGAACACAGGGAACAAAAAAGGUAGUCGUUUCUUGAACUUGGAAUAAUAAAAGAAGAUAUAUGACUUUUAUUGCAUUAAAAGCAAAAGGAUUUACAUUUUUGCAAUUUAAAUUACUAACAGAUAUGAAACAACUUUUAACUGUCGUCGUUUCAAAACCAAUAUAAAACUAUCAAAGUUGUUAUUUUAUGGUAAAUAGUGUCCCUUCGAUUAUUUGGAUUGUUGCAAUUUGGAUAAAAGACUGAAUUGAACUGUUGACUUUUAACAGAUCUUUCCCAUCGCUCUGAAAUGUAUUAUUAAUUGUAUUGUUAAAUACUGUACAACUAUUUUUAUUACUACAAGGGUACAAUACUUAUCACCGCCUUUUGCAGUCCACAUAUUUUCCUAUAACCACGAUCAUUUGCUGACUAUGGAUAUCGAUUGACAGAUAUUCAUCACAGCUUAAUUGUUGAUGCCAAAACCAAUAAUUGAUUCACCUGUUUAAUCUUAAGCGAACUCAGUAAAAGCACAGCAUAAAAAUGUACCCCAACAUGUAUAAUGUUCUUAACUUGUAAUUUUUGUAUUGUAUAAUUAAUUGUAAUUUUUAUUUUAACCCGCCUACUAUACUUCUUAGGUUACUUAACCUGUUUAGUUGUAGCUAAUUGAUCAUUCCAUUACCAAAAGUAGAACAGUGAGAUGUGGGAUUUGUUCUAUGUUAUGUGUUAAAAUCUAUCAUAGAUUCCGUAAAGGUGUAAUGAAUUUGCAAUAUAAAUGCUGAAAGUUUAAGGUGCAUUUAAAAAGUUUAUAUUCUGAUCUCCAAUGACGAUGUAAUACUUCAUUUAUGCUUCUUGAUUGAAUCAGGUAGAUGUAAAUGAAAAAGUCUGUUAGAAUGUAAUUAUUUUUUAAAGAUCACUAGGUUCAUUUACUUGUUUGCAAAAUAAAUUCAUCAUUGAAAUAUUCAACUUAUUUUACCCAAAGUGGUGAAUUGUGGUAUCAAAAUUGAGUUUUAGAAAUUGAGUAGUCGUACCUACGAUUAAUUGUGGAUGGUGGGAACAAUUUAGUAUUUUAAUUUUUAUAUUCAGUUUAGAAUAGCUUAUGAUACUAUUUUGGGAUCGAUAUGUUACUGUGUAAAUAAUGUUUAAUAUGUAAUAUUAAUUUAACCUUUAUUUUUGUAAGUCUACAUAUCAAAUAUUCUAUCCGGUUUAAACAAUUUUUCGCCACUGAACAGUUAAACUGUUAAUUAGUUUCAAACAAGGCAAAUUUAAUUAAUUCUUAUAGGUUUUCCUGUCAAUCAUAAAACAAUAGUACCGAGAAUAGAUAUUGAAGGAGAGAUGAUGAGUAUAUGCAAUGAUCAAUUUAUAAAAAACACAUUUGGGAAUUGUAUACAGUAGUAUUUUUUUAGAUGAGAAUUUCCGCAGUUGGCUGUAGUGUCAAAGUUAAGGUGAGGUGGAGGGAAUGAAAUCGCUUCCCCUCAAACCGCUUAAAUUUUGUGAACGGAGUAUUUAGAAGUGUGUAAGCAGCUAGUUUUUUAAAGAUGAGUAGAGCAAGUUUGAUUUAUCAAGGCAAAAAAACAAUAAAAUUUUGUUAUGAAAUGUUUUUUUUAUUUUAAUCCGGUACCAAUUUUUCUUUUUUUCUUGUAUUUCAAGUAGGUAAAUUGUUCCUAUAAUUGUUUAUGUAAUUUUUAUAAUAUAAACAUGUCAACAAAUUGCAAAUUAAACCUGGUUUUACAAAACAUUCAUGAACAAAACUUGGGAUGCUAAAAAAUUAAGACUCAACUUUGAUUUUGGUUUCUCUCAAACUCAGCUCAAAUAAAAUCUCUUGCUUGCACACCUCUAAAAAUGUUAUAUAUUUAAUUUUCUUGCUCUAAACAUAGAUUAUUUUUAUAGUUUUAACUCAUUUUGGUGACAUUUUGAUUAGCAAUAUAUUGGUGCCUAAAGAAGCUGAAACAGUUUCUUACCUCAAACAGUGGUGAUGCAAUUGCCAAAUUAAUUUUACAGUUUGUCCUAACUUUAUUUUAAGAUAUAUUUAUCUACUUGUGUUGUUAUUUUGGUUCAUAUUUUUCUAUGUUAUUUUAUGAGUAUGUUUUAGACUGGCAUUUUGGGCCCUGUGUAUAUAUGCAUGGCAUAGGUUUAUAUUUCAUAACGUUAACCAAUGUUGUCCAUCUAGAAAUAACAUAGUUUAAAAUUGUCCCAUUGCACUACGGAUUGUAAAAUAACGAAAUAUAAGAUGCCUUUGUGGAACAUUGGCAACAUUGUGCAUCAUUCUUGUUAAGUUAGUGUUAUAUUUUGAGAUCUCAUUCCCUGCAAAACCGAUUAGUAAUUCAGUACAAACUUUCAAGUGUAGUAUUAGUUUUCUUUCAACGCCCAUAAAGCUUAUGUUGUGUCAGUGCCUUAACAUUGGAAAUCCCAUGUAAAUGGUCUGCUGAUUUUAUUCAUCUUAAAUCUUUACCAGUGUAACUCUGCUUGUUUUGUUCGGCCAGACUUGAAAAAGAAAAUAGUCUUGCAACUGUAUGGAUCAUCCAUAAAUUCAAUUGUUAAAUUUACCAACAUUACUAUUUAAGUAUUAAAUUAACUAAUAUUUUUAUUUAUUUUUUACUAAUUGUUAAACUAAAUAUAAAAAAGUUUUGACCUAUAGUAUCCAUCUUUUUUAUUUAAAACAUGAAUAAAUAGCAUGCUAUUAUACAAAUAUUUUUGUUUUUAUACCAUGAAUUCUAGAAAAAUAAUGUUCGCGGUAUGAGUGUAGGCCUAAAUCAAAUAGUGUUGAAAGGCAUGUUUUAUUCCAUAUAGAAAUAAAAGGCCAUAAAUGUUUUUGUAGUUUCUAAUCCUUUAAGUUGUGAUUCCGAUAAAAAUUAAUGUGUUAACUUAUAACGGAUCAUCGCUCAGAACAUUAAUUUAUGCUGACAUAAUCAUGUUCUUGAUGUUCAAGUUGUUCUUGAUUCAAAUUGAAUAACAGUCUGUCCACUUUAACUAAAUUUAAGGAUUCAUAAUGGUAAUUUUUUAAGAUUAAGUACGUUCACAAAUAUAAGGCCAUGAUUUUAUUUUGUAAAUUAAUAUUUAUGGAUGAUCCUCCACCACAAUGUCAGAAUUUCGUCAUUUUCCAUGAACCAUAUGUCCAUUUUUACAGAUAAGUAAGGUACAUUGGAAACAUUGGGAUCGUUUUCAUUCAAAAAAUUGGGAAAUAUCCUCAGCUCACGCUUAAGAGACGGCCGUGCUCUUUCAGCUCUGGUAUUUUGUACCGGAAAUAUACUUGUGACAAGCAAGGAAGAUCCCGAACUGCGAGUACUGUGCAGAAAUUCUUAUUACGCAGGGUACAGCGUCUUCCUCCACCGUGAGCAUUGUAGUACAUGAGGGGAGUUGUGUUGGACUUUGUGUCUCAGACACCAGCGAUGUUUUCUCUGUACCUUACUUCUCUGUGUCCCCUUAUAUACUUUUAGUUCUGAGACGUCAGGUUUAUUUCCCCAAACACUGCACUCAUGAUCAAUCUUAUGUGUUUUGUGUUAUCUGGGUUUCUAUUUGUGUUAGCAUGUUGUGUACAUUUGUAUCAUUUUUUCACACACCCAAAGCUGUGUCUUUACUGAGGCAGGACUGGUUGGGAACGUUUGCACAUCUAUCAUCCAUACUGCGAUGUGUAAUAUUCCCAGUUGUAUUGGGAAUGACUGUCGAUCCACUACGUUUUUAUAUCGAACAAACAUUGUAUUAACUCCGGGUCGUUGACCUUGUAUGUAUGUACCUAGUGUAUGAUACGGUCGCUAAGUUAUCUUGUAUGUUGCCAAUUCGAUCUUUCGGUUUUAUAAUUUUAUCAUAUAUUUAAGUGUGUAAAAAUGUCUUGUUAAUGUUAAACAACACGUGGGUUUGUAAUUUCUAUAUGAAUCAUAUUGUAUAUUAUAUAAUUACCGUUUCUUUGCA